AUGGCAGAAAAUUACAGUGAUAUAGUUUCACAGCAUCCAUUGUAUCUUGCAAUGUGUAAAUGUAUUGGGGAUGAAUUAGAGAUGUACGAUUAUCAUGAUUUUUAUCCAGGUUGGGGAGUGAUGACAGUGAAUUAUCGAAUUCUAAUUCAGGAGUUGUUUGAGGUAGAGAAACGUGAAGUAGCGAGUUUUAUUAAAGAUGCGAGAGAUGAAUAUCAAAAUUUUGUAUUUGAGUUAAGGAAGAGCUACUCACGACAAGUUAAGAGGUUGUUCAGGCUCAUUUUGUCUCUUCCUAUGUGUGAAUAUGAAAUAGAAAAUAUAGGCAGAUAUUCAAGUAGUAACAACAGAGGAAGCUCAAAUUAUUACACUAGACAAUUUCCAGAUUUCGAAUGUGAUGAUGAAUACCUAAAAGAGUUAGAGAACGACGAGAUAGUUCACAUUGUAAGAGAAAUCUUUAAUCGAACUGAGAAUAAGCUAUUGGGGAAAACUUUAAUAGAAUUUGCAUUCCGUAAACACAAAUUGAUUCCUCGCAUUGGAACUCUAGAAGAUCAAUAUAAACUAGCGUUUCAUAAUUAUUUGAUUGAGCCCAUAUGCUCAAUGUUGGACGAUGCUUUAAACAUUCCGACACUGGUUGAGACCGAAAGGCCAGCUGCAUGGAGACGACUGGUGCCUGUUGGAAUGCAAUUACUGACUCGUACUGACAUAGUUAUUAGUAAAGGGAACCUAGUUUACUGUGUUAUAGAGACGAAGAAAUUUCCAUUAUUGCCCGAAUAUAAUGGCCAUCCAUUGGACGGUAUAAGGAGCCUCUUUUCAGACCAGAAACAAAUAACGAAGCAGCUCAUAUGCGAGAUGCUUUAUUUCAAGACUGACAGGGGGAUUCUCACAGAUUCGUACACGUCCGUAUUCGUAGAGCUAGACCUUGAUUCCUUUGAGCGCAAUGUCCACAAUCUGAGAGAUGUGAAAACUGACAAUGAGCCAAAGAUAAUUCCAAUCAGGUACAUGAUUCGAGAAUGCCAUUCAGCUAAACCUACGUUACGAGAAUCGCUAUUGUCGUACAUUUAUAAUUCGGUAGAAGAAGAUUCGGAAAUGGUAAUCAAACAAGAAAGGAUUCAAAGGUUGGAAAAGCAUCUAAAGGUAUCAGGNAAGACAUUNAUNAAAGNNGUUUCUAGUGAUGACAGCGAUGAUCAGUNNGANGGCUCUGGAAGUCGGCCCAGUACAAGAGAUACAGAUGUGACCACGUUAGGUCAGUCUGAGGGCUCUGGAAGUAGACCCAGUACAAGAGGUACUAAUGCAUCUACGUUGGGAUCUGUUCCUGAAGGCACAGGAGAAGAGAGAGAAAACAUGGAGGAUGAGAUAUCUAUUGAUAUAUCUAGGAUUAGCGAUGACCUAUACGUACAGGAUAGAGAUGAUUCCAACACACAGUUGAUUAGACUAGAGUCUCUAUACUUCAAGAAGUCGUUACUAGAACUGGUCGAUGGCAGCGAAGUUGUAGUUGCUAAGAUCUACGAUCCGCGAGCCAUGAAUAGAGAUCAAUAUAAAACCUAUACUUCUGGACAAAAGAGGUAUAUAUGUCAUGAAUGGUAUAAUACUGAAAAAUUAUGCUAUUCAAUCUUAUCCAAAGAUACUGAGUUCAACAGUUGCUCUGUUCGGAAAGGUGUUGGUCAAGUUGUGAUUACAAUGGAAGAGCUGUAUAUUGCGAAAGGAUAUUUCAACUUAUUCAGAUACAUUGAAAAGAUCGCGUUGCCAAAGGACUUGGAGACAUAUGAGAAAGCUAAGAAACAAUUGGAGAUCAUUCACCGGAAUGGAAUCAUACACAGGGAUAUUAGAGAAGACAACAUCCUCUAUACAAAACAAGGGCGAGUCUAUAUCAUUAAUUUCGCACAUGCAAAAGCCCAAGUUAAUAUUUAUGAUAGCGGCCUGGAGAAAGAUGAUUUUGAUAAAUUAAAAGACGUAUUUCUAUAG